AGAUCUCUUGGAGCCGCGUGCCAUAGCGGCCGGUAGUUGUAGACGGGAGUUGCCACCUUUGCGCCUCUGCUAGCUGCAUUGCAUUGCCGCCAGCCCGGCCGCUCCCGUCGUCAAUGCCAAAACAGCAGUAAACGCGCUUUGGCCUUUGGAGCGUGUCACAUUAGAUUCUCCGGCCGGGCCAGCAUCAGCAGUUGUUUCCUAGCGACCCACCCAGCGCUCUCUAGCUAGCUCCUUCUCGCUGCCGCGGUAGAUACUGGACUUGUUCUCGCAGGCAGCAGGCGGCGGUGAACUCGUGUGGGCGAGGUCUUGGCUCGCGAGCUUCGUUCACGCCUUAUACUCGCUGGUGCAUGAUACUCGGGCCACCGGAGUAUCUUCCGUGAUGGGUACGGGUCGGAGGCCGCAAUGGGGAGUCAUGUUCAUGUGCUUGGCGCUGGUCUUGUCGGCGCUUGCGGCGGUCGCCUCGUCUCAGUCGCCGCUUCCGGCGCCGCCGGCUCGAAGAGCAGCCGUACCGUCGUUUCCACCAGCGGCGUCGCGGGCUCCGAAGCGGGCGUCCGGGCCAGCGUUGUCGCCUGCGCCAAAGCCAGCGUCUCCCCCAUCGGCUUCGCCGGCUCCCAAGCCGACACCUAGGCCCGCGGCUUCUCCAGCGCCAAAGCCAUCGUCUCCACUUCCGGCGCCAAAGCCGCCAUCUCCACCCGCGCCGGCGCAGGCGCCGAAGCCAUCGGCUCCACCUGCAGCGUCGCCGGUUCCGAAGCCACCAUCUCCACCACCCAUGCCGUCGCCAUCGCGGGCUCCAAAGCCAUCACCCUCAGCGCCGGCGCCGGCUCCGGCUCAAAAACCAUCUCCCGCACCGGCACCCGCCCCGAAAGCGUCUCCUCCUACGACGACCCCGACACCAGUACUGAAACCAUCUGUUCCAUCUCCGGCACCGCCGCCGUCUCCGGCGAACUCUGCCCCGCCGACGUCUUCGCCGGCGCUCUCGCCCAGCUUCUACGCCGCCUCCUGCCCGAGCGUGGAGCUGGCGGUGAACGAUGUCGUCAGGUCGGCCUCCACCUUGGACCCCACCAUCCCCGGCAAGCUCCUCAGGAUGGUCUUCCAUGACUGCUUCGUAGAGGGAUGCGAUGCGUCGGUGCUGAUCGAAGGCAGCGGCACGGAGAGGACCGAUCCCGCAAACCUCUCGCUGGGCGGGUUCAAUGUCAUUGAUGAAGCCAAGAGGCUGCUCGAAGCUGUAUGCCCUGCAACCGUUUCUUGCAGUGACAUUAUAGUCCUUGCUGCAAGAGAUGCUGUCACAUAUACCGGAGGACCGUCGGUGCCCGUCUCUCUCGGGCGACGUGAUAGCCUUGUCUCGCUAGCCUCCAAUGUCAGAGCAAACAUCAUUGACACGGGCUUCUCCGUCGACGCUAUGGCGGCGAGCUUCGCCUCGAAGGGCCUCACCUUGGACGACCUCGUCACUCUCUCAGGCGGGCACACCAUCGGGUCAGCGCACUGCGGCACAUUCCGGGAGCGCUUCCAUCCUGACGCCAAUGGAAGCAUGGUGCCCGUUGAUGCAUCAAUGAACACCGACUACGCGAACGAGCUGAUGCAGACCUGCUCAUCGGGGAACAGCACCGUGACGGUGGACUGCGACGAGGGGUCGGCGAAGGUGUUCGACAACCGGUACUUCAGCAACCUGCUGGACGGGCGUGGCCUGCUGCGCACGGACGCCGUGCUGGUGCAGAACGCCACGACGAGGGCCAAGGUGUCGGCCUUCGCGCAGAGUCAGGAGAGCUUCUUCGCCAGCUGGGCCGGCUCGUACGCCAGGCUCACCAGCCUCGGCGUCAAGACAGGAUCCGACGGCGAGAUCCGGCGGCUCUGCUCCAGCGUCAACGGCUGAUGGAUCGAGUAGCGAUCACAGAUUCUGGAUGAUGUAACAUGUAAUACAAAUACAUAGGGAUCGGAUGUAUUAGCAGCGAGCUGGGGGAAUUAGAUCGAUUCGUUUGUUCUUCUUGUAGCCGAUGACCGAGUCUUUCUUUGUGUAGGCCGCCGCAUGUAGAGGGCGGCAAGCGGCAUUGCGUUUUACCUGCAACAGAAAAUACCAAAUUAAGCCCAAUAAAAUGAUGCUCCGUUCAAGUA